AACUUUGCGAUUUGAGGCCGCGACUCACCUCGCGUCAAAAAUACAUCGGCGACGUUGUGCGUUCGAUGGAACGAUGACACGAUGGACGAUAAUCGUUUUUCUUUUUGUGAUGCAUUUUUUCGUGGCUGUGAUCUCGCAACACCGUGAUCGCGAGAACCUCUGUGAAUCCCGAUUGACCUGUGCGAGUUGUCUGCAAACAUCGCAAUGCGUCUGGUGCUCCACGACGAAAAUGAAUAGUCCUUUUCUGCGUUGUGUGUCCAACCAUACGUACACGAAAAAAGGCGAGCAUUGGUGUAAACGAUCGGAUGUAAUACAAUACAAUAAUACGAUGAAGUUCUUGGAAAAUCGAAAAUUAUCCUCGAUUAAGGGUAAAGAUCCCGUCCAAGUUCAACCUCAGAGGAUACAUUUAAGUCUCAAGCAAGGAGAGGAUUAUCGUCUGACCAUGAAAUACAGCCAGGCGGAGGAUUAUCCUGUAGAUUUAUAUUAUCUCAUGGAUUUGUCGGCAUCCAUGGAACCAUAUAGAGAUCAAUUAUCGAAACUCGGUCUAGAGUUGGUCAAAGCCAUGCAAAAGCUCACAUCGAAUUUCCGUAUUGGCUUUGGUAGCUUUGUAGACAAAGUCGUUUUACCGAUGACUAGCACAGAGCCUGAGAAACUGAAAUCUCCCUGCACUUUGAAAAAUGGAAAACCGUGUGCGCCGCCUUACGAUUACAAAAAUCAAAUGCCUCUUACGGAGAAUGUAGCUUUAUUUAAGGAUCAGGUACAAGCGGCGCCGGUGUCAGGUAAUCUGGACGGUCCCGAAGGUGGUCUCGACGCGAUGAUGCAGGUCAUAGUAUGCACCAAGGAAAUCGGCUGGCGCCAAAAAGCACGUCAUCUUAUCGUGUUCUCGACUGAUGCGAUUUUCCAUGUCGCCGGAGAUGGUAGACUUGCAGGAAUAGUAGAGCCAAAUGAUUGCAAAUGUCACUUGGACGAGAAAGGAUUUUACACUUAUUCUCUUCUGCAAGAUUAUCCGUCGAUAUCUCAGCUCAACAGAAAAGCACGUGAGCACAACAUGAACAUUAUUUUCGCAGUUCCUGAUCAUAAAAAUGCAACUUAUCAGCGAUUAAGUCGUAGUAUCAGUGGAUCUUCUACCGGAACUUUGGACAACAAUUCGCAGAAUGUCGUCGCCUUAGUGAGCAGCGAAUAUGAGAAACUAGUAAAGUCGGUGAAGAUAAUCGAUACAGCGCCAAAGAUGAUUGACGUUAAAUAUUUCUCCCGCUGUUUGAACAAAACGGGAGAAAUGCUCGAACGUCAGGAAUGUGAAGGACUUCGCGUAGGCAAUGUUAUCGAAUUUGAAGUUGUACUUAAGCUUACAGAGUGCCCCAAGGAUCCAAAGGAUUGGCGUCAAACUAUGGAGAUUAAACCUAGAGACCUGAAUGAGAGUUUGAUUAUUGAUUUGGAAAUGAUAUGCGACUGUCCUUGUGAGAAACCUGGACACUCGGGAUAUCAGCCGAACGCAGCAGAAUGCAAGGGUAAUGGCAUAUCGAUGUGCGGCGUAUGUUCCUGCAAUUCCGGUUUUCACGGAAAGCAAUGCGAGUGCGAAGGAAGCGAGAUCGCUGCUGAUAAUUCGAUUUCGACAGAUGAUUGCAAACCCGAUAAUCAAACCACUGAGAUAUGCAGCGGCCACGGCGUAUGCAAGUGUGGCGUCUGCGACUGCGACAAACGGCCGAACAAUCCGGAAGAAGUAUUUUACGGGCAAUAUUGCGAGUGCGACAAUUUCUCUUGCAAACGCAGUCAUGGCCAGGUCUGCGGCGGACGGGGCAAGUGCGAAUGUGGUACCUGCAAUUGCCUACCGGGAUGGGGUGGAGAAACGUGCGACUGCAAGGAGACCAACAGCACAUGCAUCCCGCCGUCGGGCGGGAACGUCGAGAUUUGCAGCGGGCGUGGUAACUGCAUCUGCGGCAACUGUCAUUGUCAUGAGCGGGACAAUAUUCGAUAUUCCGGACAAUAUUGCGAAGAAUGCCCUACGUGUCCAGGACAACGGUGCGAAGAGCUGAAAGACUGCGUGGAAUGCAUGGCGUACAAUACAGGACCAUUUGCGAAGAAUGGGAAGUGUGAUUUGUGCAUGCACGAAGUAGACAUUGUCGAUGUUAUCGAGGAAGAUCCUAUGGAUGAGAAAACCGACGCCCGCAUGUGCCGAACACCAGGUGAUGCAGGCUGUUCGUUUGUCUUCAAAUACCAAUAUCACAGGGAUGGCACCGGAGGAGACAUCAAAAUCUUCAAGAUUCAAGCUCAGAAAGAAAAGAUAUGUCCAACACCUCUCAACGUUUUUGGUGUUGCGCUGGGCGUUGUUGCAAGUACCGUCAUCAUCGGUUUCCUGAUUCUCCUCAUUUGGAAGAUCCUCACGAUGAUCCACGACAAGAGGGAAUACGCCAGGUUUGAGAAGGAACGCGCUCUCGCCAAAUGGGACAGGGGCGAGAAUCCUCUGUACAAACAAGCCACGUCAACUUUCAACAAUCCAACAUUCGGGAAAUGAAUAGCUUAUAACUUUAGACUGAUAUUAAAAUAUUAAUACUAUAUAAUAAAAGUUUUUAAUUU